AUACAUUUUCAAUUUGUUUUCUUUGGAAUGAAGCAAAGUUUAGUAAUCGAAGUAAAAAAUUGAUUGAACUUUUAUCCAGAGAACGCUAGCUAGCAGCCUAUUGAGAAAGCAAAAGAAACCAGAUUUGUCAUGGAAAAGUAUCAAACAUGUCAAGGACGGUGACUGACAAGUACCAAAUAAGAGUGACAAUCCAAUCUGAAGAUGACCUUGAUCUAUCUAACCAUAUCUCGAAAUUGAUUGAAGGUAUUACUGAUUGCUUAUCAGAUAAACGCUCGAUAUGCCAAAUAAAAGACGUUCUUGACACUAAGUUCAACUCUAAAGUUAUUUUAAACAUUGAGCAAGUCAAAAACAGAAUGGUAAUUGCUGGUAUCGGAUUUUCCCAGAGAAGAAUCAAUAUGCGAAGAAGAGAGAGAAGGAGUCCCAAGGUUGGAAACCUACGUGUUAAAAUACGAGUACGAAGAUCUGGUGUCGUUCUGAUGCGGAAAAGUAAACAGAAUGCAACGAUUACCAGCAACAGCACAGGCGAUGGUAGGAACACUUCAGGGAAUAGAAUGAUAAAAAAGUGCUUAAUAGAUGGAAAAUGGAUGAAAUGUCUUGGACCGUGGACACCUCGACCAACUACAACAUGUAUAAAAGGUUUCCGUUGCAUUGCUAGCGUCACUGCUGUGAAAAAAUCCAGAAUUCUUCCUCCCACGGUGUUAAUCGGAAAGAAAAAAGGAGCGCCGGGCAAAAGAACAAGACGAACAAUCAGGAUUAUCAACGUUAAUGCGAAACGAUUUUCUCAUUUCACAGUCAAGAAGUCGUUAAAGCACAUAACGACUCAACUAAAGUCAGUGAUUAUGGCAAAUUAAGUUAUAUUUAUGUAAAUACUAUUCUGAAAAAAAACACUCCAAGAGUUUA